AUGAGCUCAAAGGCUAGUGAAACAGCUGUUGAUGAAAAGUCAAUUGAGGUGACAACCGUCUCCAACAAUGAAACAGCAAAAGAAGAUGUCGAGUGGAAAGAUCCACCCGAUGGUGGUUGGAAAGCAUGGCCCUUGCUGGAACGUAUGUGUAUACUUGCACGCAACAUCACUGAGCAACAUCCUUCUAACCAUCAUCAUCCACAUUCCACAACAUCAUCAUAG